UCUCAACUCGGCGGUCUGCUAAAAAAAGGAAACUAAACUUUGAUCAGAAAAACGCAGAGAAAAGGGGAAAAUGAGAAGACGACCUGGAAUCGGAGGCCUUCAAACAGCUGCUGCUGCUAGGGAUCAAUAUCGAUUAUUGGGAGAAAAUGUAGCCAAGUUACGGACCGAUCUCAUGAAGGAACAGCUCGCUACUUUCCGUUCUCAACUCGAAGAAUUCGCUCGAAAACACAAGAAUGAUAUUCGUAAAAAUCCGUCUUUUAGGUCACAAUUUCAUGAAAUGUGUGCUAAAGUAGGAGUGGAUCCUUUGGCUUCAAAUAAGGGAUUUUGGGCUGAACUUUUAGGGAUUGGUGAUUUCUAUUAUGAACUUGGAGUUCAAAUUGUUGAGAUAUGCUUGGCGACUCGGUCCCUUAAUGGAGGGUUGAUCGAUCUGCAGGAACUCUGCAAAUUGCUUCGUCAGAAACGGAAACAUGAUCGUGAAGCUGUUUCUGAGGAUGACUGUUUGCGUGCUAUAAGUAAGCUGAAGACAUUAGGUAGCGGAUUUGAGGUAAUAUCUGCUGGAAAGAAAAAGCUGGUUCGAUCGGUUCCAACUGAGUUGAAGAAAGAUCAUAAUGAAAUUCUGGAGCUGGCACAGGCUCAAGGCUAUGUGACUGUCGAUGAGGUAGAGAGACGGCUUUCCUGGACGCAUGGGCGUGCUAUCGAUUCCCUUGAUACUUUAUUAGAAGAAGGUCUUGCAAUGAUCGAUGAUGGUCAUAGAGAUGGAAAACGUCGAUAUUGGUUUCCCUGUGUAUCCUCCAUCUCCUCAUUUGGUGUUUGAUUCACGUGCUAAGGUUAGAGAUAUUUGAGGCUGAAUGGAAAAA